CUCUGCCUCCAGUCCGUCAGACAGCCGAGUGCUUCGUGCACGCAGCAUCACCUCCGUACAUCACAUUGAAACGUAAUUGGCCGCGUAUAGCUGUGUGAACACCAGAUUCCCUGUGGCUGACAGUGAGACUGUGUCUGUGACUCUGACCCUCCAACGUUUUCCGUCUGGUCGUUCAGGAUGUGUGUCGGUUGGUCUUUGCUGUAAACGGACCCCCCCACCCAAUUUCCACAGCACCCCCUGCUCACUCCAGCACCCCUACUGUAAGACCCCCGGUCAGACCCAGCAGCCAGCUCCGGGAUGUCUUCCCCGGGAUCCUCCAGUGGCAGCAAAAGGAAUUCCUCGGAGCUGGAGCAUGCUCAAAGAGUACCGGAGGUGGAGCCUGUCCAGCCGCAGGUAAAACUAAAGGACAGGCAGAAGUUUUUUGAGGAGGCUUUUCAGCAGGACAUGGAGCACUACCUGUCCACAGGAUACCUACAGAUCGCAGAGAGGAGAGAGACAAUAGGAAGCAUGUCUUCAAUGGAGGUGAAUGUAGACAUGCUGGAACAAAUGGACCUGAUGGACAUGUCUGACCAUGAGGCUUUGGACGUCUUCCUCAACUCUGGGGGAGAGGACAAUAGCGUGGCUUCACCAAUGUUGGGGCCAGAUGUAGAGUCGUUCACUUCUGAGAUCACACUUCAGGUGCCCACGCAGGCAGAUCUGAGACACAAACUCGCCUCUCUUUCCUCCACGUGCACAGACUCGGUAAGCCAGGACACAGAAGCAGGGGAAGAGGAAGACGAGGAUGAAGAAGAUGAAAGGAAACAAACAGGAAACCGCCGCUCUCUGCUUGUCCAACCAGAUCAGGAAGAGGUUGAAGUGGAUUCCACGUUACCCGAACUUAACCAGAAAAUAAAGAACUGUGAGAGCAACAGCUCAUCCUGAACAUGUGGAGGAUAAGCAACAGACUGUAACAGGAAGUGAUGUAAUUAGGAGUGUGCUAUGCACUUUUGUCCAAAGGAAGAGUGUGCAAUUGUCCUCGGUCACGCUAGACUUUCAUUCAACUGACUUCCAUUCAUACGCAUGUGAACGCGACCUGCGCAUCAAUGGAAGAUGAUAUUAUUGCUAAUAAUAAUGAAAUUUUACAAUCCAAUUUUGUACAUUACAGCCUUAAAAUAAUGAAAAACAAUAACAGUGCAAAUACGUCAGAAUCCAUUAUGUGUCAAUGAAAACCCUUUUUUUUGUGUGUGUUGUUGCUGCCCAUACGCAGGGCUCUGUGUAGAACUUGUCCAGUGUGACCGCAUCAUUAAACCCUUUUGGUUUUUGUAUUUUUUUUGUUUUGGUGCUGUGCAGUAUACGCCUGAUCUUGUGCCUGCCCUCUAAAUCAAUAAAUAUCUUUUUUUCUGUUUGA